CUCAUCCGCAGCCAGGAAAGACGCUCCGCGUCGUGAACGCGUCGAUGCCGGCCGCACCGCCCCCCAUGCGGUCGCUCCUCGCGCCGCCGGGGUUCACGCCGCACAGCCAGCGCCGCCAACCCGCCGCCAACCCGUUCGCGACGCCCUUUGACGACGACGCGCGCGCGUCGAGCCCCGAGGCCGGCAUCGCAGGCGUCGGCGCGAACAACCGCCAGUUCGAGAGCCCGUUCACGGCCAUCGCGAUAUGACUGCCCCCCGGCCGCGCGCUAACCCGCCCGACGCUGGCUUUGGCUUUGGCUUUUUGACGACACUCACGCCCCUCUCGAGACUCGCAGUAUCUUACCUUGUGUUCGUAGACUAAUCUUCCGCGCUCGCGCACUCAUGACGUCCACGUAUCCGCGUAUCUAUAGCAUUAGUGUAUAUCCGCCCACCGCAUGCACCGGCAUGCGUCCGCCAUUAUUGUAUACGAGCACACAUACACACACACACACACACGUACAACAGCCUGUAUUGUUACUUCAUCGUUCUUUUUGCUUCUCGUCCUGCUGGGUUUACUGGACUGUAUUAGCAUCCACUCGCUUGUCGUUGACUCUUGUUCGGUGUAUACUAAGCGCGAAUGCACAAGAGUUUUUUGUGUUUGUUU